AUGAAGAAAGACGGAGGCUGGAGGCGGCUGGAGAAAGAGAGUCGUGGUGCUGGAGACGGAGAUGAAGAUAGACAGAGGUUAGAGGCGGAUGAAGAUGAAGAUAGACGGAGGUUGGAGGCGGAUGGAGAUGAAGAUAGGCAGAGGCUGAAGGAUGGGUUGGAGACGAAGAUAGGCUUUAUUAUAGCUCGUCUUAUCAGUUUGGGCUCUAAGACUUUUAGCAAAACUGGAUAUAACACAGUUGCAAAACGUGGUUUAAUCCUUCAAUUUGAUAGUGGAGAAGAUAUUAAUCUAACUUUAUGGGGAAACAUAGCCGAAAAAUUUGAAUUUGUUGAAGGAUCUAACAACCAAGAUCCUAUCGUAAUAGUUGUGACCGGCUUUCUUGUCAAGUUAUACCAAGGUCAUCAUGUCCUUUCUUCAACAACGGCCACACAAGUUUUUCAAAAUCUAAUGAUUCCAGAGGUGGUGACUAUGCGAGAAAGAUUUGUUGUCCAUCCAUCUCAAGUAUGUUUGUUGGAUGAUACUGUUGAAAGUUCGAUGUCUUUACAAGAUGAGAUGAUGAAAGAUCGACACACAAUUGAGGAAUUAUACAACCUAUUGUCAAAUGAGGAAAGCAAGGUUGGUAAAAUUGGAAUUCAAAAGGGUUUUCUUAAUUUCAUCGAAAGAGAAAUUGGGUCGGUUUGUAUUUGUCUUGAUCGAGCUUUGUUUCUUCUUAAUAAGGUGGCGAAUCCACGAGAAACAGGGGAAUUUACCCAACUUCGGGAGCCAACUGCUGCGAAGGAAACAGAUGAAGGGGGAGCUAAUUCUGAUUUGCCUUUGUUUUCUGGCUAUGGUGAAGUUGGAGAAUUGUCGGCCAUGCUUCCACCUAUGAAUCGUGUUGUUUCUAAUUAUGAACGACCACAACCGUCUGGUUUUCAACAGUAUUUUGAUUUUAGGAGGGGAUUUGUCGGUUCUUCGGCGAGUAAUCCGGUUUCGAGCACAAGUUCUUCGUCGGGGCAGAAAAGGAGAAGGGAAGAAGGAGGAGGUUCUAUCUUUAGUGGAUCAUUAUUGGAAUUGCCUUCUCGUGUUUCAAAUGUGCAAGGAGAAGCUACUUUACAAAGUGUAGGAAACAGCGGCGGUUUAAGCACAAAUAGCGACGCAACAUUAGCGACAGUAAUACAACAACAAGAAACAUCAAACAUAGAAACUAAACAAGAAACAAGAAAAAGAUACAGAGGAGUAAGACAUAGACCAUGGGGAAAAUUUGCUGCCGAAAUAAGAGACCCAAAUAAGGCUGCUCGUGUUUGGCUAGGAACAUUCGACACGGCCGAGGCGGCAGCCCUCGCUUAUGACGAAGCAGCUCUGAGAUUUCGAGGAAACAGAGCAAAACUCAAUUUCCCCGAAAAUGUCAGACAGCUUCCUCCGCCGUCGCCGUUACCGGCGUCGGCGGCACCGGUUUCUGUUCAGACGGCAGGGAUGGUUACUCAAUUUCAGCCAUUGAUGGAAACUGCUAGUGAAAGAGAGUAUAGAUGUUAUUCACAGUUGUUGCAGAGUAAUGUUGAUUUUAAUGGUGGACAUCGUGAUUUACUGCAUCAUAUGUUGUUUGCUUCUUCUUCGCCGGCGACGGAUUCUUCGGUUUCGGCGGCGGCGGCAUCGUCUUCUACGGUUAAUCAAUCACAAUAUUCUGAUGAACAGUUGAUUACUAAUGAAGAACAAAUGGAGUAUUUUAGGCAGUUGCAGAAUCGAGAUGGGAAAUUGGAUUUUCCGGCGCCGCCAUGGACGAGUUCAAGUUAUUUCCCACCACCUCCUCCUCCUUCUGGUUUCUAAACUUGGGCAAAAAUCUUCACUUUUUUAUUUUUUUUUUGGUAAAUAUAUAU